AAUAAUUUAAUCCACACAAAAUUGACGGAACUGGUUUUUCUUCAUCGUAUUUACGGGGACAGAGGUAAAAGAAUUUCUAAGAAAUUCCCAAUAAGGAUUCCAAAGGCAAAACCCCAAAUUAUAGGAAGGGAUUUGCGUGUAAAAUCCUCUUCGUCUUCUCUAAUUUCGUCAAAAUACUCGCUCCUCACUGUUCACUUCUUCUCCAUUCAUCUCAGAACCCCCAAAUUUCUUCAUUAUUUACAGAUUCAAAUCCUUCGGGAGGUCCCUAAUUCCUUAAAGACUAUGCCCAUCAACUGUUCGCAUACGUUCCUGUUGCUGAGUUAGGGCUUGUGUACGUGUAGAUCGUUUAACGGCAUCUUAAUUUUGUCCCCAAAAGGCCUGGAUUUUUCGAAUUACUUAUGUUGAUCUGAACCCAAAUCAUUGGCAAAGAACUAGCACUUGUGUGAGUUUUAUAGUGUACAAGUGUGUAUAGAAUAAUGAAAGGAGGCUACUUCUAUGAAAGGAGAACGAAACAACUCUCCCUCUUCUUCAUCGGUGUUGUCUUUACCACCAUUGUUGUUUGGUCUUGGGAGAAAACCCCUCUUCUCACAACUUUACUUCCAUCUCAUAGUCAAGUGAUGCAGCUUUUUCCAGCUGGUGGAGUAAAAGUGAAGCAACCUACUCAAUCAAAAGAUGAUUUCAGAGAAGUAGAAGUAGUUGCAAAUGUAACAUAUCCAAUAAACGCACCCUCCAUUUUAGGGGAGGAAGGAUUGGUGGAUUCAAUAUCACCAUCAACAUCAAGUCCCAUAAACACCCCCUCUUUGGACAUUCAUGAGGGUGAAUCCUCAAGUACCUCUCAAGAAAAUCACCAGGAAAGUACAACAAACAUUAUUGAAAAACCUGUUUCUAGUGAAGUAUCUGAAAAAUCCAUCAACUCAAUCUCAAAUCCACCAAAACAACAGUUACUUGAACCAGUCUCUUCAGAAGUGGAAACAGAAGACAAUGGUGCCCCUAUGGCAAAUGUGGAAAAACAAGCCUGCAACUUUGGUAAAGGAAAAUGGGUGAUUGACAACAAUCGCCCUUUAUAUUCUGGUUUUGGCUGUAAACAAUGGUUAUCAGGAAUGUGGGCAUGUCGUUUGACUCAAAGAACAGAUUUUGGAUAUGAAAAAUUAAAAUGGCAACCAAAAGAUUGCAAAAUGGAUGAUUUCAACGCCCUUCAAUUCCUCAAAAGAUUGCAGCACAAAACCCUAGCUUUUAUUGGUGAUUCUUUAGGGCGACAACAAUUCCAAUCCCUAAUGUGCAUACUCACAGGUGGUGAAGAGAGAUAUGAUGUUGAAGAUGUUGGUAAAAAAUACGGGUUAGUCAAAGCCCGCGGGUCGGUUCGACCCGACGGGUGGGCCUACCGGUUCCGACCCACGAACACCACAAUCCUCUACUAUUGGUCCGCGAGUCUUUGUGAUUUGGACCCGAUUGACCCGGGAAACCGGUCCACUUCCUUUGCUAUGCAUCUCGAUAGACCCCCGGCUUUUUUAAAACGUUUUAUUUCUGGAUUUCAUGUUGUUGUUUUGAACACUGGGCAUCAUUGGAAUAGAGGGAAGGUUAAUGCUAACAAAUGGGUUAUGUAUGUUAAUGGGACACGUGUCACUAAUAGGAGGUUGUUAAAUAUAGAAAGUGCUAAAAACUUAACAGUUUAUAGUAUUGUAAGAUGGGUGGAUGGUGAGUUAGGUAAGUACCCGGGGUUGAAGGCGUUUUUUAGGUCGAUUUCCCCGAGGCAUUUUUUUAAUGGAGAUUGGAACACUGGGGGGACAUGUGACAAAACUACCCCUGGAAAAUUGGAGGUUUUACAAGAGGUGUCUAGUGAUUUGUUGGCGUCAGGGGCAGUGAAAGGGACAAAUGUGAAGCUUUUGGAUGUAACUGCAUUGUCUGAGGUGAGAGAAGAAGGUCAUAUAUCGAGAUAUAGCAUUAAAGCUACUCCAGGGAUGCAAGAUUGUUUACAUUGGUGCUUACCUGGCAUUCCUGACACGUGGAAUGAACUUCUUUUUGCUCAGAUUUAGGGUACAUUUAGAUUCUUGUUUUUGUUAUGGUAUCCUUAGCUUCUUGUGUUUUUUGGGUACAAAAGAGGGAAGAAGUAGAAACCUUGUUGUGAGAUGUGUAGUAUGUAGUUUGUUUGUACGAAAUUACAGAUAUUUACUUAAUGAGUUAAUAUAUAAUGUAACACUUGCAAUAUAUAAUAAGUUUUUGGUUUAUUAGUUAAUAAAUAAGUUGGC